AUGUCUACCUCUUACCUUCCCGCGACGAAAGAGUCUAUUGCUCAGGCUUUGGAAGCUGAAGCUCCAUCAGACGCCAUCUCCAUGCUCUACCGUGUACUUGAAAAUCCUUCCUCAUCCCCAGAAGCACUGCGGAUAAAAGAACAAGCCAUUACAGAUCUCACUGAUCUGCUUAGGCAAGAGAAUAGGGCUGAGGAUCUUCGCAGCCUUCUGACUCAGCUGCGACCCUUCUUUUCUGUGAUUCCCAAGGCUAAAACUGCAAAAAUUGUCAGAGGAGUGAUUGAUGCUGUUGCCAAAAUACCCGGCACGUCCAAUCUGCAAAUCUCCCUGUGCAAGGAAAUGGUGCAGUGGACCCGUGCAGAGAAGAGGACAUUCCUCAGGCAGCGAGUCGAAUCAAGGCUUGCAGCACUUCUGAUGGAAAACAAGGAGUAUACGGAAGCAUUAGCCCUUCUUACGGACUUGGUAAAAGAGGUAAGGAGGUUGGAUGACAAGCUACUCCUUGUGGAAAUAGACCUGCUGGAGAGCAAGCUUCACUUUUCACUGAGGAACCUGCCUAAGGCAAAAGCUGCACUCACAGCUGCAAGAACCGCUGCAAAUGCCAUAUAUGUACCUCCGGUCCAGCAAGGCACGAUCGAUUUGCAGAGUGGGAUUCUUCAUGCCGAGGAGAAGGAUUACAAGACUGCCUACAGUUACUUCUUUGAGGCCUUCGAGUCUUUCAAUGCCCUCGAGGACCCCCGGGCGGUUUUCAGUCUUAAGUACAUGUUGCUAUGCAAGAUCAUGGUGAGCCAGGCUGAUGAUGUCGCCGGGAUAAUUUCCUCUAAAGCUGGACUCCAGUAUGUGGGGCCGGAGCUGGAUGCCAUGAAAGCUGUUGCUGAUGCUCACUCCAAGAGAUCAUUGAUGUCGUUUGAGACUGCACUGCGUGAUUACAAGGCCCAACUGGAAGAAGACCCCAUUGUUCAUCGACAUCUGUCUUCUCUGUACGACACAUUGUUGGAGCAAAACUUGUGCAGGCUGAUUGAGCCCUUCUCCAGGGUUGAGAUUGGACACAUUGCCGAGCUUAUUGAGCUGCCUACCGAUCAUGUGGAGAAGAAGCUCUCACAAAUGAUUCUGGACAAGAAGUUUGCCGGGACCUUGGAUCAAGGCGCUGGCUGCCUCGUCAUCUUUGAUGAUCCCAAGACUGAUGCUAUAUAUCCAGACACACUAGAAACCAUUGCCAACAUGGGGAAGGUUGUCGACAGUCUUUUUGUGAGAAUACCAAAAGCAAAGUGGAGAAUGCUUUCGAUCGAAUUGGAAGCACGACCUUUGUCAUGUCUCCUCAGACGUUCAAUUCGUGAUAGCAAGGUCUUGUUACAUGCCGGGCGCGAUGAAAGAGCUUUCCAUCCCAUGGUAGUGCGAAAAAACAACAUUGGGGUUGUUGCUGGAGCUGAUCCAGAUGCGGUUUGCUUUCAAGUAGAAAGAUGGUGGUCAAAAGGGUGCGUUUGUGACAAAAGUUGCUGAAGAGGACUUUCCUGAAAGCAUACUUCCCACCAAACAUUCCAUUAUGGACAAGAAAAACAUUUGUCCUCCUCUGCUUUUACUGCCAUUCUAGAGGCUUUCCUUUGGUGAUAUCGAUCUACAAACUUGUAUUAUCAGUAAAGCCAAACACUCCUGAAUGUUGAGAUCUUAGUUUUUGUUGGUGCUGGCCGAGUUGUCCACCAUAGCAUUCUCUUGGCCAUCUUUGUGAAGGGAUGGGCAUCUGGUUUUGGGGUGACCAUAUCGUCCACAUCCAAAGCAAAUGUUUUCUAGACCCUCGUACUGUACUUAAAUAGACUCUUAAGUCUUAAUAUAAUUGGGAGUUGGGAAG